AUGUCCGACGCUGGUCCCAGCACAGUGACGCUCCCUCUGCUGCAUUUCAACGAUGUCUACCGGCUGCGUCAGACAGACAAGUCAUUGGGUGGCGAUGGUCGUAUAGACGCUUCUCAAUUCGCACGAAAGAUUCACGAUAUACGCAAAGCAUGGGAUGGGGAUCAUGUAGGGCAAAGGCAGAAGUCCGACGACAGUCAACUGAACGGCCUUUGCCUGUUUUCGGGAGACGUGUUCAAUCCCUCUGUGGAGUCGAGCAUCAGUAGAGGCGAACAUAUGCUCGAACCUUUGGCUGCCAUGUCCAUCGAUGCGGCCUGCAUAGGCAAGUGAGUUCGGCAGUCCGUCAUACAGUCUCACUGUCGGGAAUCCUCUCAUCGAUCUCGCUCGCUCCCUUGUGCUUGUCCCUUGCUUGCUGUAGCCAUGACUUUGACUUCGGGUGAGUGUUCAUAUUUUCAACAUCUGGAGACGGUGCGGGCGCCAGACCUGACGUGGUGUGUACUCCCAUAGGUUUCCUCAUCUACGCAGCUUGAUGAAGCGGUGUUCGUUCCCGUGGCACCUGUCCAAUAUCGCGGACACAUCUGCAGAUGAAUCAGCUCGCGAUGCGAUAUCCGACGAGCCUCAGGAGGGGGAUGCCACUGUGCCUGGUACGACAAAGUUCACCAUCAUGCCUGUAGCGGGGCUUCGCGUCGCGAUCAUAGGUCUCGUGGAGAAGGAGUGAGUGUCUCGAUCUCGCUCUGACGCAUGCUUGAAAGGCCGGGCUUCCACUGCUGAUGUAACUACCUUCCGAUAGUUGGAUCGAGACCAUACCAGUUUGGCCUGCCGAGUUCAAGUACAGGUCAAUGGCUGCGACAGCAAGAGCCUUGUCCAAAGAGCUACGAGAUCCAGAAGGGCCACACAAAGCCGACCUCAUCAUUGCGUUGACGCAUAGCAGGCUCUCCAACGACAUCGCUUUGGCCAACGAAGUGGGUGCCACGCGUGGUGAAUCGGAUGAGCAUGGUGUAGAUAUCAUCCUUGGGUAAGUCGAUUCUCUGAAGAGGGUAGCACUACAUUGGAAGCUGGCUGAUAGAUCAGACUGUAAUUCAGUGGCCAUGACCACAUGUACUACAUUGGCAAAGGAGCCACCAAGUUUGAGGGGAAGGAAUUUGAACGUCCAGGAGGAUCCGGAGCGGACAAUGACACCUUCAUCAUCAAAAGUGGCACCGACUUUCGUGAUUUGAGUGAAGCCGCGCUUACUAUCAGUGCGCCACGAGAGGGCAAGGUCAGGCGAAGAAGGAUCACCGAACUCAGUGGUGGGUGUGGCGCACCUUUGAUGUCAAGCGUUCAGAUUGGAUGCUAACAUUCCGGUGCGCGACCCUGCAGUUCGGCGGCAUCGCACGCAACCUUCAGAUCCGCCUUUGCCGGAGCUGCGCGAAACUAUAGGUCACUUACUUGCCAAGAUAGAUGAGAGCACAGGUCAGCCGGUAGCAUACACCCUUACGCCAUGGGACACUAGAGCAGGAGAAGUAAGACUUAAGGAGUCUGCGUGCGGGGACCUGUAAGUGACCUACAAGCUCUUCCCGCAGCUUCGCUUUGCUAAGCAUACCAUGUUGAUUCAGGAUCGCCGAUAUCAUGAGAAUAUCUUACGAAAGCGUCCUUCGCGAUCGAGAUCGCCGAGGUCAGCUCGACAAAAAGCGCAAAGAGUCAUCGAGGGAGGUGGACAUGGCUUUGAUUUGUGCGUCCUUGUUCGCCAAGCUUCGCGCCAUUGACUCUGGCCUCAGGUCUGACACGAUCUUCUUGUGCUUCUCUCACAGGUGGCGGUAGCUUACGCGGCGACUCGAGCUACGGACCCGGCAGUCUGCGACUGCGAGACAUCAUGGAGAUCAUGCCGUUCGACGAUAGUGUAGUGUGCUUGGAGCUCACGGGAGCUCAGGUGAGCUGACACUGAGUGGCUCAUCGUUGAGAGCAACUCAUGAAGACUUCCCUCGUUUAUAUUGUAGAUCAUCGCUGCUCUAGAAAAUGGCUUCUCCACGUAUCCGAAACAAGAGGGCCGCUUUCCUCAGAUAUCUGGAGCUCAGGUCUUGUGGGAUUCUACCAAACCGCCCGGCAAACGUAUAGUAAGCGUUACGCUUUUGGAGGAUGGCCAUCUAUUUCCCACAGACUCAGAAGGCAAACGGAUGGCGAAUCAGCCCUUCACGUCGUACGACUUCGAGAAACGCGAAGGCGGUGGGUAUUCCGUUGAGAUUCACCGCCCUAGGUUGAGGCCAGGCAAAGCACUCCAGGACGACAAAACCUAUCGUGUGGUGACCAGAGAGUGAGUAUUACGUCCUUGCGCACCAGCCUGUACAUCCACUGACCUCUUAUUUUCUGAGGCAGAUUCAUGGCAGACGGUCAUGACGGGUACGAGGUGCUGAAAGCUGGAAAAGAACUCAUCGGUCACGAGGAAGGCAGCCUGAUGAGUGCACUUGUCAGAAGGUACCUUUUAGGUGCAUCGAUGCUUUGGCGCAUGCGCAGUCUACACGAUGCAGCAACGCAUCGUGACACAGCCCGGGGCGACGGCGCCGGAACUGCGGGAGCAGUCGCGCAAGAUGCCGACGAAGGGAAACGAGGACCGGCAGGUCCAUCUAACAGCGAAAGGACCAAAGCUGCCAUUGAGCGAGCACGAUUGUUAAGCUCGAGAGGCACUCAAGGAGCAGCUCCUUCGACACCCGCCAAGGGCCGCAAUGCGUUUGAUGACAGGCACAUGAGAUUCGUCGUUGAUGCCUCACCUUCCGGCAUUCGGGACGCGCUCCAUUUGUCCGCAGCAGAACAUCACUCGCAGCACGACAGAGGUAAGAGGGGGACCAUUGACGGCCACCUGCGCAUACAGCACUAAGGGCUGAAUGACUUCUUUCUAUGGCCUUUUCAGUAACGCGACAUCUUGCACAAGCAUCCGGCAAAUCACCUCGAGCGAGCUCCGGCUCAUCGCCAGAAAGCCCAUCGCGAUCAUCUGUCCUGCAUUUACGGGCCCAACGACGGCGAUUGCAACUCGGCCAAGACGCGUCGGAAGUUGAGCAUGUCGGGGACCUCUCCGCCGACACGACGGUAGAGAAGCAGAUUGAGGUGAGCGCGGAUGAUGCGCAAGAUUUGAGAGAGGCCAGCGCAGAUCUCGCCCUCGUUGCUCCAAUAGUGGAUGGAAGGAUGCGGGACGUGGCGACGCAAGCUUAA